CUGUGGAUGCUCUGCAGGGUACAGCUCUGUAAAGAAUUCUGUUCUGCUGCUGCUGCUGCUGCUUCUGAAUCCUCUGAGAUCAAGCCUGGUACUACACAUCUCCGGAGCCAGUUCCUGCAGGUCUAGCUUUUUCCCUGAUGAUGUUCUUUGUUUUCUGAAAGCAGCAGAAAAUUCAGAACUACACUCAAAAUGGGACUUUGGAAAGUAUUUCUCGUCUGCAUGUUUUGCGGCUGCUCAGUCAAUGUCUCAACUUCUCAGAAAACAGUGUGCACAGAGGCCAAUAUUGCAGACAUUGUAUUCCUUGUGGAUGGAUCUUGGAGCAUCGGAACGGAAAACUUUAUCACAAUGCAGAACUUUUUGUAUACUUUGGUAAAUGGUUUUGAUGUUGGCCAAGAAAAGAUCCAAAUUGGCCUAAUCCAGUACAGCGAUACUGCACGUACAGAAUUCUUCCUAAACAGUUACAGCAAUAAAGAAGAUGUUCUGAAAUAUAUUCAAAAUCUAAAGUAUAAAGGUGGCGGAACAAAGACUGGCUUAAGUCUGGAGUUCAUGCUGACGCAGCACUUUAGUGUCGCCGCAGGCAGUAGAGCAGAGGAAGGUGUGCCUCAGAUUGCAGUAGUUAUAACUGAUGGACAAGCUCAAGAUACCAUCAGGGAGCCUGCCAUUGCAGUGAAGAAUGCUGGAAUCAUACUGUAUGCCAUUGGCAUUAAAGAUGCUGUUUUGUCUGAGCUUAAUGAAAUAGCCAGUGAUCCAGAUGAAACACAUGUUUAUAACGUGGCAGACUUUAAUGCACUGCAGGGUAUUUCCCAAAACAUGAUACAGGUACUCUGCACAACAGUAGAAGAAGCAUCUCGUCAAACAGGUCAAAUAGCUCAAGUUUGCAGAAAUUCCAAUCAAGCUGACAUUGUGCUGCUAAUUGAAAGCUCAACAAGUAUGGGUGAAGUCACAUUUGAAAAAGCAAAGAAUUUUAUUCAUGAUUUGGCUUCUAAUUUAGAUGUUGGAAAUAAUAAGAUCCGCAUUGGCCUUGCAAAGUACAGUGAAGAGACAAGUGCAGAAUUUUUGCUAAACGACUACUCUUUGAAAACUGAAAUUUUAGAAAACAUUGAGAAUAUGAAUUACGUAACAGGUUAUCCCUUCAUAGGGAGAGCCCUUGAGUUUGUGAAUACAACUUACUUUACACAGACAGCAGGCAGUAGAUUUGAAGAGAGCAUUGCUCAAAUACUUAUCAUUGUGACAGAAGGAGAGUCUGCAGAUACUUUCAUGGAGCCUGCCAAAGAACUCAAAGCAAGGGGUAUAUCUGUUUACGUGGUUGGGACAAAUAUCAAGGAUGAUAGCCAACUUCAGGAGGCAUCAAGCAAGCCCAACGAAAAAUUCUUUUACCAACUGGAUGAUUUUGAUGAGUCUGAGAAUGUGACUGAGCAGCUGCUAAAAAAUCUGUGCUAUAGCAUAGAUUUGAAUAUUCAAGUAUAUUCCAAGCGCUACGCUGAUGUUGUAUUUCUAGUCGAUUCUUCUACAAGCAUGGGAACUGUCUCGUUUCAACAGAUAAAGGAUUUCAUGAUAAACAUAAUUAACCAGUUAAAUGUUGGAAUAAAUAAACACCGUGUUGGACUGGCACAAUACAGCGGGAUACCCCAAACUGAAUUUCUACUCAACCAUUAUGAAACCAAAGAGGAGAUACUAGACUAUAUUAAGGAAACAUUCACAUACAAAAGUGGUCCCUUAAACACAGGGCGUGCUUUAGACUUUGUACGCUCAACAUUUUUCAUUGAAGAGGCUGGGAGUAGGAUUAACUAUGGCAACCCCCAGUUUGCAGUGGUCAUAACAUCAUCAAAAUCAGAGGAUGUUGUUAGAAGACAUGCUGAGGAGCUCAAAAGUGUUGGAGUCACAACGAUCUCUGUUGGCGUUCACAAUUCUGAUAGGAAGGAACUGGAAAAAAUUGCUACUGAUAAUUUUGUUUUCCAGACCACUGGUUUACAGGAUAUUUCAGGUUUUCAGCAGGAUGUGGCCAAUGUUAUUUUAGCAGAAGACAUGCUACAGUUUUCUCCAUUAUCAAUUGUUCCAGCAGUUUGCUCCAGUGCUUCUGUUGCUGACAUAGUGUUUCUCAUUGAUGAAUCUAGCAGCAUUGGCUCCAUCAACUUUCAACUGACUAGAGUCUUUCUACACAAGGUUGUAAGUGCAUUGGAUAUUUCAUUGAGUAAUGUUAGAGUGGGCUUAGUGCUUUACAGUGAUGAGCCAAGACUUGAAUUUAAACUGAAUACUUUUGAUGAAAAAUAUGAAAUUUUGGACUACAUAACUAAGCUCCCAUACAGAGGAGGCAAAACAUAUACGGGUGCUGCUCUGGACUUUAUGAGGAAAAAAAUGUUCACCAAACAAAAUGGUGGCCGGGCACAUGAAGGAGUUCAGCAGAUAGCAGUCAUCAUGACUAAUGGGCAGUCCAUGGAUAAUGUUACUAAACCUGCUGCAAAACUGCGACGGUCUGGUGUGGAGGUUUUUGCUGUUGGCUUUCAGAAUGUCAAUAAUACAGAACUGGAUAUCAUAGCAUCUCACCCGCCACGCAAACAUGUCACAAAUGUGGAAUCAUUCCUGCAGCUAACCAACCUUGAGUUCAGGUUACAGAAACGACUUUGCAAUGAAAUUGUCAUGACAUCAUUUGCAGUACCUGCAAUUGCUCGUGCAAUGAAGGAAGGGUGUGUUGAUACAGAAGAAGCCGAUAUAUACUUUCUAAUUGAUGGUUCUGGCAGCAUAUAUCCAGAAGACUUUGAAGAUAUGAAAAAAUUCAUGAUUGAAUUAAUAAGUCUGUUUCAAGUUGGUGCCAACAGGGUACGCUUUGGAGUUGUCCAAUACUCAGAUGUUCGUAGAAUUGAAUUUAUCCUCAGUGAACAUGAAACCCAGAAAAAGUUAAAGGAUGCUAUUUCUCAAAUAUAUCAGUUGGGUGGUGGUACUGAAACAGGAGAAGCUCUAAGGUCAAUGAGGCAGCUUUUUGUUGAUGCAGCUAAAGAUCGUCCUCAUAAAGUGCCCCAGUCGUUGGUGGUUAUUACAGAUGGAGAAUCUCAAGACCGUGUCACUGAAGCAGCUGCAGAAAUUAGAAAUGAUGGCAUCACUAUAUAUGCAAUCGGUGUUAAAAAUGCAGUGGAAGAAGAGAUUAGAGAUAUAGCAGGGUCAGAUGACAAGAUGUAUUUUGUUAACAACUUUGAUUCCCUGAAGGUGAUCAAGAAUGAUUUGGCUCGUGAAUUGUGUACACCAGAGGCAUGUAAGAACAUGAAAGCUGAUAUCAUGUUUCUGGUUGAUAGCUCGGCAAGCAUUAACAAUGAUGAUUAUGAAACAAUGAAAGAAUUCAUGGAGUCAAUGGUCAAGCAGGCAGAAAUCGGUCCUGAUAGAGUCCAGAUUGGUUUAAUCCAGUUCAGCUCUGAAACAAAGGAAGAAUUUCCUCUCGACAGGUAUAGAGGAAAGGAUGAAAUACAGUCAGCAAUAAGAGGCAUCCAACAACUGAGCCAGGGAACCCUUAUGGGGGAAGCCCUUAAAUAUACAUUACCUUAUUUUAGUGCUUCCAAAGGAGGCCGUGUAAACACAAAACAAUACUUAAUCGUCAUAACAGAUGGUGAAGCCCAAGAUUCUGUGGAAGAACCGGCCAAAGCAAUAAGGGACCACGGAGUUAUCAUUUAUGCCAUAGGAGUACAAAAUGCCAACAACAUACAACUUCUGGAGAUUGCUGGCAAGCAAGAGCAGGUGUUUUAUGAAGAUAGCUUUGAUAACCUGGCCUUUUUGAACAAGAACAUCAUGUUUGAAAUUUGCAAUCCUCAAGAGUCUUGCAAAAAGACUGAGGUGGCAGACAUCUUAUUUCUGUUGGAUGCUUCUACAAGCAUUACUAAAGGAGAGUUCAGACUCAUGCAGAGAUUUGUGGAGGCUGUUGUGAAUGACUCUUUGGUCGGAAAGCAUAAUGUUCAAUAUGGUGCAGUUGUUUACGGCACAAAUCCAGAAGAACAGUUUUUGCUGAAUAAGUACUCAACUAAAGCUGAUAUUCUUAAGGCUGUAUUAAAUUUACCCCAAAUAACUGGCUACACAUUCACUGCAAAAGCUCUGGAAUACACUCGCAUACGGUUUGGUUCAUCAUAUGGUGGAAGAUCAGGAAUUCCACAUAUUCUGAUUCUUAUCACAGAUGGAGCCACCACCAAUGCUGACCAACCUAACCUACCACUAGUAUCUAAGGCUUUGAAGGAUGAUGGCAUCAUUGUCUUUGCAGUAGGUGUUGGCAAGGCAGUUCCCCAAGAGCUGCAGCAAAUUGCAGGACAACCAAACAGAUGGUUCUUAGUCCAAGAUUACAAAGCCCUGGACAGUUUACAUGAUAAUAUUACACAGGUUGUAUGUGAUGAAUCAAAACCAGCUUGCGCAAAUGAACAGCUUGAUCUUGUUUUCCUGAUUGAUGGCUCAGCAAGUAUCACUUCUAGCAACUUCACAAGUGCCAAGACUUUCAUGAAAGAAAUCGUAGACAGCUUUACUAUUUCACAGAACAGAGUGCGUAUUGGAGUCGCACAGUACAGUGCAAAUCCCAAGAAAGAAUUUUUCUUAAAUGAAUACUACUCCAGCUCUGACAUGAAAAAACAGAUUGAUAACAUUACCCAGCUGAAAACUACCACUUACACUGGCAAAGGCCUAAGAUUUGUCAAACAGUUCUUUGAUCCUGCAAAUGGCAGCCGUAAGAAUGCUGGUGUUCCCCAGUAUCUCAUAGUAAUGACCGAUGGCAUGUCCAAUGACAGUGUACAGGAAGAUUCAGCUGCUCUGCGGAGCAGUGGAGUUAAGAUCUUCUCCAUUGGUAUUGGUCUGCGGAACAGUUUUGAGCUUGUUAUGAUUGCCGGAACACCCAAAACUGUUUUUGAAGUGGAAACAUUUCAAGCACUGGACUCGAUCAAGAGGCAGAUUGUGGGACAAGUCUGUGAGCCAUCAGAUGAGCCUCUUAUAGGCAAAGAAUGCAAUUUAGAUAUCACCGUAUCAGUUGACUACUCAAGAAGAGCAACAUUAUCUACUGUCCCCCGUGUGCAGCAGAAAUUGCAGCAGCUCCUCCCUCCGGUGCUUCAACGCAUUUCCUCACUUAGCAAUAUAAGCUGCGCUUCGGGAUCUCAGAUUAACAUACGCUUCAGAUACGCCGUUGCUGCCCAGGACAGACUGACGUUUGAUUCCGAUUUUGAGAAGUUCAAUGAGGACAUCAUAAAGAAGUUUAUAAAUGAACAGUCUACUGUUGAUACAUAUUUAAAUGCAAGGUUUCUUCAGUCCCUGUGGAAUAAAUACAGAGGUUUGCCAGCUCAAAAUGCAAAAAUAAUUCUGGUUUUCACUGAUGGACUGGAUGAAAGUUCUGAAGUACUCAAGGUGACUACUGAAUCUCUUCGGAAACAAGGGUUGGAUGCACUGUUAUUCGUUGCUCUUGAGGAUGUGCAGGAUUUUAAAGAGCUGCAAAACUUAGAGUUUGGAAGAGGAUUUUCCUACCAGCAACCUCUGAGCAUUGUCCUGCCUGAUUUGCCAAGUUUAAUGCUAAAAGAAAUGGAUACUGUUGCAGAAAGGAAAUGCUGCAAUGUCGUUUGCAAAUGUUUAGGACAAGAAGGACCUCUAGGUUCACCAGGGACUCUAGGAGUGAAGGGACAGCCUGGUAUAAAGGGAUCUCAAGGUCAUCCUGGCGAAGAAGGUGGCCAUGGUGAACGAGGAUUCCGUGGGCUGAAUGGCACAAGAGGUGAUAGUGGAUGUCCUGGUCGUAGGGGAUUAAAGGGUACCAGAGGUAUUCGUGGUGACAAGGGCGAUGAUGGAGAAUUUGGCACUGACGGUGUGCCUGGAGAGCAGGGUGAACCAGGAAGGCGUGGAGCAUCAGGAGAAAGUGGAAGCAUCGGAGCUCAGGGCAGAAAAGGUCCUCGUGGGGAACCUGGAGAUAAAGGGGAAACUGGACUGAGGGGAGAUCCUGGUGAGCCUGGAACUGAUAGUAACAUUCAGGGACCUAAAGGACUAAAAGGAAACUCAGGACGUCAGGGAGAGACGGGAAGAGAUGGCGUGCAAGGAGAACGAGGAGAUAACGGACCUAAUGGUCCCCAAGGCCGAAGAGGGCCUCCUGGUAUAAAGGGAGCACAAGGAAUUCCUGGAGAGCCAGGGAACAAAGGUGAUAAUGGAAUUCAAGGCAUGCAGGGUUCCCAAGGCAUGCCUGGACCACCAGGUCCACAGGGACUACAGGGGUUGCCUGGACGUCAGGGAGAUGUAGGUGCCCCUGGUGCAUCAGGUUCUGUUGGCAAACCUGGAGCUCUAGGACCAAAGGGAGAAAAUGGAGCAAAUGGCGAAAAAGGUGAACCAGGCAUUCCAGGUCGCAGAGGUUUGCCAGGCAUGGAUGGUCCUGAUGGAUACGGUCCGCCAGGCUUAAAGGGAGAGAAGGGUCAUAUAGGAUUUCCCGGGGAUCCUGGGCCUCAGGGAGAAGAUGGCAAUCGUGGAACACCUGGAAAUGCUGGCCCAAAAGGAAUCAGGGGAAGAAGGGGUAAUUCUGGCCCACCAGGAACUAAUGGACAAAGGGGAGAGAGGGGACCACAUGGACCAAUGGGCUCCAAAGGAUUGCCAGGAACUAUGCCUAUGACGCCUUGUGAACUUGUGGAUUUUACUCGAGAGAAUUGCCCUUGCUUGACAUGUGCUUCAAAAUGUCCAGUAUACCCAACUGAAAUAGUUUUUGCUCUUGAUGCAUCUCAGGAUGUCCCCCCAACUGCUUUCCAAAGAAUGAAGGACACCAUUAUUUCCAUGAUAGAAAAGCUGGACAUUACUGAAAGCAAUUGCCCUAGAGGCGCCCGUGUUGCGGUUGUUGCCUAUAACAGCAAUACCAAAUAUCUUAUUCGUUUCUCUGACUACAAACGGAAAAGCCUGCUCCUGGCAGCAAUACGUGGCAUCUCUCCAGAAAGAUCAUCUUCAAGGAGGAAUAUUGGAGAAGCCAUGAAGUUUGUAGGGAGGAACAUAUUCAAGCGCAUUCGUCAUGGAAUCCAUAUUAGAAAAGUGGCAGUGUUCUUUGCUAAUGGCCCCUCUCUUGAUGCUGAUGCAAUAAACACCGCAGUGCUGGAAUACAGCGCUCUUGACAUUAUACCUAUUGUGAUUGCAUUUAAUACUGUUCCCAAUGUCGUAACAGCUUUUUCGGCAGAUGAAAGCAGAAGAUUCCAAGUGUAUUCAUGGAGCAGGCCUGAAGAUCAGAGAUUAGAAGUUAUUUCACAUUGUACUCUUUGUUAUGAUAAGUGUAAACCUGAUGAGGAAUGCGAGCUGGAUCACAUGCCUGAAACUCUGAUAGACAUGGACUUAGCUUUUAUAUUAGACAGCUCACACAAUGUUCAAGCCGAAGUCUUUGAGGAAAUGAAAGAGUUUGUGAGCAAUAUGCUGGACACCGUCUACAUAUCAGCACGGCCCAGAGAUUCUGACACAGAGGCUAGAAUUGCUUUAGUACAACAGGCAGUUAAGGACUUCGGUCCAAAUAGGAAUAUUAACCCUGUUAAAACUGAGUUUGACCUUCUUCGUUACAACAACGCAAAUAUGAUGAAGAGGCACAUCAGACAAUCUGUCCGACAGCUGGAUGGUCCGUCUGCAGUUGGCCAUUCUGUUCAGUGGGUUGUCGAUAAUAUCUUCUUAAAAACCCCAAUGCCAAGAAAGCAUAAAGUACUUUUCCUCAUUCUUGCCAGCCCGACAAGCUUUUGGGACAGAGAAAAACUGAUCGAAGUUUCCCAAAAAGCUAAAUGUCAAGGAUUUGCAAUAUUUGUUCUGGGUUUUGGAAAAGCGAUAAGUGAACUGGAAAUGACACAACUGCCCAGUUUACCACAUGACCAGCAUUUGCUUCGUUUGAUAAGCGUGUCAAAGCCAGAAUUGGCAUACGCAAAGAAGUUUAGUCAUGCCUUCUUUAAUCUACUCGGAAUUGACUUUAAUCGCUACCCACCUGCAGUGCUGCAAGCAGAGUGUCAAGGCCGUGGGGAUUCAACUUUCUCAGUGUUAGGAAGCUUGCCUGGCACAGAGUUGACACUAGAAGUUCCAGAUGAGACUAUAGAAGUAGUGGAGAUUUUUGGUACACCUGCUCCAGAAGAAAUCGUGGGGAAAAAAACGGAGAAAAUAAUCAUAAACAAAGAUGUCUGCUCAAUGAAACAAGAGGAUGGAGAAUGUGCGGAUUACGUUCUCAAGUGGUCCUACAACCCCAUUAAAAAAUCCUGUGUGCAGUUCUGGUACGGCGGCUGUGGAGGAAAUGGCAAUCGAUUCGACACACAGGAGCAGUGUGAAGCCAUCUGCAUGUCAUGAGACUGUGACCCAGAGAGGACCUGUUGAACUAUGUUUACGUAGCAGAAAACAAAGUGAAUCAACAUAAAUUAUUGAAGUGCCAUUUUAAAGGGGUUGUUCACCUUUAAAUUAACUUUUAGUAUGAUGUAGAAUGGCCAAUUCUAAGCAACUUUUC